AUGGAAACGGCCCUAACCGAAUUUAAGAAUGAGGAAAAAGAGCGUCUGGAGCGAUUCACUGCAUUGAGUCAUCAAGCAGAAGAGGAUUUUACUGCUAGAUCAACCUUGUCAAUCGAUGACUUCAAAGAAGACUGGCAAUUAUCGCAAUUUUGGUAUAGUGAUGAGACGGCGAAUAUAUUAGCUGAUGAGUUACUAGACGGUGCAGAUAGUGAAACAACUAUCUGUGUUGUCAGUGCACCUUCAGUUUAUGCAGCAAUCAAGCUACGUGAUCCUCUCGAGUUACCAACCAAGAGGAUUUUUCUACUGGAGUUUGAUCGCCGUUUUGAAGUUCUCUCUGGUUCCAAGUAUUUCGGGUUUUUUGAUUACAAUCACCCAUUGGAAUUACCAGAACACCUCGUUGGAAAGUGUGAUCGGCUGCUCAUUGAUCCACCGUUCUUAGAGGAGGAUUGUCAAAGGAAGUCUGCCAUUGCUGCCAAAUCCUUGCUAUGCAAUGAUAAGUCUCAGAAGACGAAAGCUGCUAAGUCUAGAUACAGACUCAUGAGUUGUACGGGAGAGCGGAUGGCAGAUGUUGUCAGAUCUUGCUAUCCAGAUUUGAAAAUGACAUCGUUUUUCCCUGAACACAAAAAUGGAUUGAGUAACGAAUUUAGAUGUUACGCUUCAUUUGAAGGGAACUCUUGGUCGUUUUCGGAUUCAUGA